AUGAAGUUGUUUAGCUGGAUGCAAAAUAAGUUCAAUGCUGGACAAGGGAACAGAUCAAUGCCUAAUGCAGUUCAAACCAAGAAUCAGACAAAUCAAGAACGUCCUCGGAAUGAAGAAUUCAACGGUUGGCCGGAUUCGUUAUUGGCCAUUGGAACAUUUGGCACCAACAGCAGUAAUUUCAAAGCAAAAUCAGAGAGUGCCCAAAACGUGCAAAAUCAAGAACGGGAUGAAAUAAUCUUAGAUGAUAAUAUUAAUGAGCAAAGUUCUUCUCCAGAUUUAGCAGAAUUUACACCUGAAGAAGUUGGUAAAUUACAGAAAGAAUUAACAAAGUUAUUAUCAAAAAAACCAGCUGCUAAAUUAAUUGAUCAAGGACGACAAGAUGGUGAUCUUCCAUUGGAUAGAUUCCUUAAUUGCCCUUCAAGUUUAGAAGUUGAUCGUAGGGCUUCUUCCAGCAGAUUUAGCAGUACUAAUUACUCAGAAAAUUAUGAUAAUUAUGAUGAGGAAGAAAUUGAUAGGACCAUUAGAGCUAUUAUUGGAAGAUGCAAGGAUCAUGUUUGCAAGACAAAUAAAAAGAAAGUAAAUGGAAUGAAAUCCAUUUCUUUCCUUCUCAAGAAAAUGUUUGUUUGCUCAAGUGGUUUUGCUCCUACUCCUAGUUUACGAGAUACAUUUCCAGAAUCAAGAAUGGAGAAGCUUUUAAGGACAAUACUUUCCAAGAAAAUAAUAAACCCUCAAAAUGCAGCUCGAGUAUCAACAAAGAGAUAUUUAGAGGAUCGAUGUGUACCAAAGGAAGAGGAAGAGGAGAAAAAACGAGAGAAAACUUGUGAUGGAUCUAAGUGGGUGAAGACUGAUUCUGAUUUUAUUGUUCUGGAAAUAUAAUAGGCCUGGGAUGUUCAAAAAAUACUCUUUUUUUUCUUCUUCUGAAGAUAAAGAAAAUAAGACAUAAUUAACAAACCAUAUAUGCCUAAUUUCGAGGCUCGUUGGCUUUCAAAGAUGGAGAUGAUUUCACAG